CUCGUCUUCGUCACCGGAGAAAUCAAAACCCAAUGUCGAAAUCCAACGAAAACCAACCAGUUGAUCGUUAUCUCCGCCGUCAAAUCCUCGGAGAAGGAACAUACGGUGUCGUUUACAAAGCCACCGACACAAAGACUGGAAAAACUGUAGCAGUGAAGAAGAUAAGAUUAGGAAACGAAAAGGAAGGCAUAAAUUUCACAGCUUUGAGAGAGAUAAAGCUAUUAAAAGAGCUGAAUCAUCCACACAUUGUUGAGCUCAUUGAUGCGUUUCCUCACAAUGGAAGUUUGCAUUUAGUUUUUGAGUAUAUGCAAACGGAUUUAGAAGCAGUGAUUCGUGAUCGUAAUAUCUUUUUAUCACCUGGUGAUAUUAAGUCUUAUAUGUUGAUGACUUUGAAGGGUUUAGGUUAUUGUCAUAAGAAAUGGGUUCUUCACAGGGAUAUGAAGCCGAAUAAUUUGUUGAUUGGAGAGAAUGGUUUGUUGAAGUUAGCUGAUUUUGGUUUGGCGAGGUUGUUUGGGAGUCCGAAUCGGAGGUUUACUCAUCAGGUAUUUGCUACAUGGUACAGAGCGCCUGAGUUGUUAUUUGGGAGUCGACAGUAUGGAGCAGGAGUUGAUGUUUGGGCUGCAGGUUGUAUCUUUGCUGAGCUAUUACUUCGUCGACCAUUUCUACCGGGUUCGACUGAGAUUGAUCAACUUGGAAAGAUCUUUCAAGCUUUUGGAACUCCAGUACCUUCCCAAUGGUCUGACAUGAUCUAUCUCCCAGACUACAUGGAGUUCUCUUAUACACCUGCUCCACCAUUACGUACCAUUUUCCCUAUGGCAAGCGAUGACGCUUUGGAUCUUCUAGCCAAAAUGUUCAUCUACGACCCACGACAAAGGAUCACAAUACAGCAAGCUUUAGACCACAGGUAUUUCUCGUCUUCUCCAUCACCGACUGAGCCAGGAAAGCUUCAGAUUCCGGCUUCAAAAGGAGACGCACUCGAACCAAAGGCCUCCGAGCAAAACCAACACGCAAAUAGCCCGGCCGUACUGUCACCUCCUGGUAAAAUGAGGAGAGUAAUGGGUCCUGAGGGAUUCACUUGAGAAGAUAAUGUUUAAUUUUUUGUUUUCCUACAGUAUCAUCACUUGUGGAGGUAUAUGGCUUUGAUUCUAGAAUCGCGUUUUGUAACACCUUUCUUCAAAUUAGUUACCAAUCAAAAGAAUACAAAGUAUCAACUUAC